AUGUCGAUGGGUGACGACGGCAUCCAUAAAAUCAUGCCUAUCACCACAGAUUUGAUCUGUCUGCAAACCAGUUCUCAAAUCAAAUUCUUGAACCCAAAGACAACACAACUUGCAACAGUUGAAUGGCCAUAUGAUGUCCCUCUCAGCAAUUGUGAAACAGCAUUUGGGUACGUGUCAUCCUCAAAAACUUACGUUUUCAUGGCCCUAAUUGCCGAUGGAAAAAACAUGCAAGGCUGCAUUUUUUCUUUUCAAAGUUGUUCAAGUAUUCAUAGAGGGGAAUGGAAAACACUUUGCAAUGUGUGUCCUCGCCUUGUAUCUGAUGGAAUCUGGUUUGAUAGAUUCGUGUACUGGCGUGUAGACAAACUAUCCUCUGAAAUAGCAACACCUCAAGAGUUGUUGGUUGUGUUUGACUACCACACUCAACAAUUCCAACCCAUAAACUGCCCUCCAUCUCCAACCUUCUUUAACCCCACUUAUCCUUCUCAUAUGAAUCUCCAAGUGAAAAUAUUGGACUUCCAGGGGACUAUGUGUAUAAUAGAUGAGUACGAGAUUACUCAGAAUCAUCACUGUGAGAUGUGGGCAUGGGAUCCAGAUACUUCCACAUGGGAUUGCAUAUUUGAGACCCAUGAAUUCCCAAAUUGUUCCUACCAGGAAAAUCACACACUCAAGUAUAUCGCCGGAUCUAGAAACCAGUUUCAUCAUUAG